AUGACGAAACCGAAAAGAAAACAAAAACGAGACGACAGCGAUAACACCACCUCGUCGCAAUCUUCAAUUGCGCGUAUAAUGAUCAAACCUGAUUACACCAACCUCAAUGCCGAAGAGAAGAAAGGAAACAUGGCAUUAAAUGAAGAAGAAAAAAAGCGUCUGAACGCAGGAGAACCGAGAUUAUUUGAAGUGGACAAGAAGAAGGUCCUUCAGUUUUCUACUCUUAUAGAGACGAAUUCUUUCGAAAUAGACACGCAAGCGAAAGUGCUCGGAAUCUCGAAGGGCAUGAUAGCGAAAGCGUGGAAAUUCUUCGAUUACAGGAAAUUGUCGUCUUGCACAACACGUUUUCUUCAUUCUGGCGAGCACGGGUUCGACGAGGACAUCAUGAAGCAGCUCGGCUUCAAAAAGGAAGACCACGUCACUGUGUUGGUGUGGUAUGCUCUCCUCGACGACGAGACGAAGAAGAAGGUGAACAACAAGGCUGCGCGAGAUAAGAGAAAUUGCGAGAAGGCGAAGCAGGAGAUGGUUGAGAACGAGAAAGGGGAGAAGAUGACGAAAGCGCAGUUACGAAAUCAGGUUCAACACAAGAAGAGGAAGCAGGAGAUGGUUGAGAACGAGAAAGGGGAGAAGAUGACGAAAGUGGUGACGAAAGCGCAGCUUCGACGCGAGAAGGAGAAGCAGAUCAUCGUUGAGAACGAGAAAGGGGAGAAGAUGACGAAAGCGCAGUUACGAGAUCAGCGUCAACGCGAGAAGAGGAAGCUGAUAAUCGUUGAGAACGAGAAAGGGGAGAAGAUGACGAAAGAGCAGUUACGAAAUCAGGUUCAACGCGAGAAGAGGAAGCUGAUAAUCGUUGAGAACGAGAAAGGGGAGAAGAUGACGAAAGAGCAGUUACGAUCUCAGGUUCAAUACGAGAAGGAGAAGCUGAUCAUCGUUGAGAACGAGAAAGGGAAGAAGAUGACGAAAGCGCAGUUACGAAAUCAGCUUAACUACAAGAAGCAGAAACCGAAGCAGAAGCAAAGAAACAAAGAAUUCAUUCGAAAACAAUUCAUAUGCCGACCGCCUGGCUGCUUGGAGAAGGAAAAGUGUUCGAUUUGCGGGAGAGAAAAAAGUUUUGGAUGGGCUAAAGCGCCGGAUGCUUUGUGGUACGUCGAGAAGCUCUUUAAGGAAAAGGGACUUACAGAGUAUCCGUCGUUCAGGGCGGCGAACGGGUACCUGACGAUGAAGAAACGAAAAUAUCUUGGCAAAGAAGAUAUUUUGCUUCGAACCACAGAUAUUCUGUGCUACGCGUGCUGGAAAACCUGUGAAGGAGCGGCGGAAAAGACUAUGCAAAAACUGCUCAAGUUGUAA